CAGAGUGGCCCCAGGAUGCAUCAGGUGACCCACGGGCUGAGGGCAUAUGAUGGCCUGUCACUGCCUGAGGACACAGAGACCGUGGCAGCGGGCCGGGCUGGCUGGAGCUACUCGUACCUUUCAGACGAUGAGGACUUGCUGGCUGACGAUGCGUCUGGGGAUGGCCUGGGCAGCGGGGACCUGGGCAGCGGAGAUUUCCAGAUGGUGUAUUUCCGGGCGCUGGUCAAUUUCACACACUCCAUCGAGUACAGCCCUCGGCUGGAGGACGCAGGCUCCAAUGAGUUCCGAGCUGUGUCGGAGGCUGUGGUGGACAGGCUGGAGUCGGAGUACUUAAAGAUCCCCGGAGACCAGGUCGUCAGUGUGGUGUUUGUCAAGGAGCUGGAUGGCUGGGUCUUCGUGGAGCUGGAUGUGGGCUCGGAAGGGAAUGCAGAUGGGGCUCAGAUUCAGGAGGUGCUGCACACGGUCGUCUCUGGGGGCUCCAUCGGCUCCUAUAUCACCUCCCCCCACGGGUUCCAGUUCCGCCGCCUGGGCACAGUGCCCCAGUUCCCACGGGUCUGCACCGAGGCUGAGUUUGCCUGUCACAGCCACAAUGAGUGUGUGGCCCUGGAGUACCGCUGUGACCGGCGGCCUGACUGCAGGGACAUGUCUGAUGAGCUCAACUGCGAGGAGCCAGUUGAGCCGGUCCCUGAGGUCAGCUCUGUGCCAUUGGUGGUAGUGGAGACCUCACCAUUAACACCCCGGCCACCAGAGGCAACCACCACACAGCGGCCAUCAGAUACUCGCCGUCCCCAGACUCCGUUUCCCCACCUGGCCACACCUGUGCCCUGCGAGCCCCACGAGGCUGCGUGCCACAGUGGGCACUGCAUCCCCAAAGACUACCUCUGUGACGGGCAGGAAGACUGCAGGGACGGCAGUGACGAGCUGGACUGCGGGCCACCCCCACCCUGUGAGCCCAAUGAGUUCCCCUGUGGAAACGGACACUGUGCCCUCAAGCUGUGGCGCUGUGACGGUGACUUUGACUGCGAAGACCGCACGGAUGAGGCCAACUGCCCCACCAAGCGCCCUGAGGAGGUGUGCGCGCCCACACAGUUCCGGUGCGUCUCCACCAACACCUGCAUCCCGGCCAGCUUCCACUGCGACGAGGAGAGCGACUGUCCUGACCGCAGUGACGAGUUUGGCUGCAUGCCUCCCCAGGUGGUGACCCCUCCCCAGGAGACCAUCCAGGCCUCCCGGGGCCAGACAGUGACCUUGACUUGUGUGGCCAUCGGCGUCCCCACCCCCAUCAUCAACUGGAGACUCAACUGGGGCCACAUCCCGUCUCACCCGAGGGUGACCAUGACCAGCGAGGGUGGCCGUGGCACACUGAUCAUCCGCGAUGUGAAAGAGGCAGACCAGGGCGCCUACACAUGCGAGGCCAUGAAUGCUCGUGGCAUGGUGUUCGGCAUCCCUGACGGUGUCCUGGAGCUCAUCCCGCAGCGAGGCCCUUGCCCCGACGGGCACUUCUACCUGGAGCACAGCGCCUCAUGCCUGCCCUGCUUCUGCUUUGGUGUUACCAAUGUGUGCCAGAGCAGCCACCGCUUCCGGGACCAAAUCCGACUACACUUUGACCAGCCUCGUGACUUCAAGGGCGUGAACGUAACCUCGGCUGCGCAGCCUGGCGUGCAGCCCCUCGCCUCCACCCAGCUGCAGGUGGACACUGCCCUCCAGGAGUUCCAGCUGGUCGACCUGUCGCGCCGCUUCCUCACCCAUGACUCUUUCUGGGCUCUGCCUGAGCAGUUUCUGGGCAAUAAGGUGGACUCAUAUGGCGGCUCCCUGCGCUACAAGGUGCGCUACGAGCUGGCGCGUGGCCCACUGGAGCCCGUGGAGCGGCCGGACGUGAUCCUGGUGGGGGCUGGACAUCGCCUGCUCUCCCAAGGCCACACAGCCACCCACCCGGGGGCUGUGAACCAGCGCCAGGUCCAGCUCUCGGAGGAGCACUGGGUGCACGAGUCUGGCCGGCCCGUGCAGCGGGCGGAGAUGCUGCAGGUGCUGCAGAGCCUGGAGGCGGUGCUCAUCCAGACAGUGUACAACGCCAAAAUGGCCAGCGUGGGCCUAAGCGACAUCACCAUGGACACCACGGUCACGCACGCCACCAGCCACGGCCGCGCCCACACUGUGGAGGAGUGCAGGUGCCCCAUUGGCUAUUCUGGCCUGUCCUGCGAGAGCUGUGAUGCCCACUUCACCCGGGUGCCUGGUGGGCCCUACCUGGGCACCUGCUCUGGCUGCAACUGUAAUGGCCACUCCAGCUCCUGUGACCCUGUGUAUGGCCACUGCCUGAAUUGCCAGCACAACACAGAAGGACCACAGUGCAACAAGUGCAAAGCCGGCUUCUUUGGGGAUGCCACAAAGCCCACGGCCACUGCCUGCCGGCCCUGCCCCUGCCCCUACAUCGAUGCCUCCCGCAGAUUCUCAGACACUUGCUUCUUGGACACGGAUGGCCAGGCCACGUGUGACGCAUGUGCCCCUGGCUAUGCAGGUCGCCGUUGUGAGAGCUGUGCUCCUGGAUACGAGGGCAACCCCAUCCAGCCCGGUGGAAAGUGCAGACCCACCAACCAGGCGAUCGUGCGCUGUGAUGAACGAGGCAGUGCCAGGUCUGCAGGCGAGGCCUGCCUCUGUAAGAAUAAUGUGGUGGGCCGCUUGUGCAAUGAGUGUGCUGAAGGCUCCUUCCACCUGAGCACCCACAACCCUGAUGGCUGCCUCAAGUGCUUCUGCAUGGGUGUCAGUCGCCAGUGCACCAGCUCGACCUGGAGCCGUGCCCAGGUGCUCGGGGCCUCCGAGGAGCCCACACAGUUCAGCCUGACCAACGCUGCAGGCACCCACACCACCAGCGAGGGCAUCUCCUCAUCCUCGUCCGGGGAGCUGGUUUUCUCUGCCUUCCACAGCCUGCUGUCCGGACCCUACUUCUGGAACCUCCCCGCACGCUUCCGGGGGGACAAGGUGACCUCUUACGGUGGAGAGCUGCGCUUCACAGUGACCCAGCGGCCCCAGCCCAGCUCUGCGCCCCUACACGGACAGCCGCUGGUGGUGCUGCAGGGCAACGGCAUCACCCUGGAGCAUCACACCUCCCGGGAGCCCGCCCCUGGGCAGCCCAGCGCCUUCGCCGUGCCCUUCCGGGAGCAAGCAUGGCAACGGCCUGACGGGCAGCCGGCCACUCGGGAGCACCUGCUGAUGGCGCUGGCGGGCAUCGACGCCCUGCUGAUCCGCGCGUCCCACACCCAGCGGCCCGCAGAGAGCAGGGUCUCCGACAUCAGCAUGGACGUGGCUGUGCCUGAGGUCACCGGCCAGGACCCUGCCCUGGAAGUGGAACAGUGCACCUGCCCACCUGGGUACCGGGGCCCAUCCUGCCAGGACUGUGACACAGGCUAUACACGCAUGCCCAGCGGCCUCUACCUGGGCACGUGUGAACGCUGCAGCUGCCACGGCCACUCAGAGGCCUGUGAGCCCGAGACAGGUGCUUGCCAGGGUUGCCAGCACCAUACAGAGGGCCCUCGGUGCGAGCAGUGCCAGCCAGGAUACUACGGGGAUGCCCAGCGUGGAACACCCCAGGACUGCCAACCAUGCCCCUGCCAUGGAGCCCCCGCUGCCAGCCAGACUGCCCACACCUGCUUUCUGGACACAGACGGCCACCCCACCUGUGACUCGUGUUCUCCAGGCCACAGUGGGCGUCACUGUGAGAGGUGUGCCCCCGGUUACUAUGGCAACCCCAGCCUGGGCCAGCCUUGCCAGAGAGAUGACCAGGUGCCAGAUGGGAGAGGUUGUAACUGUGACCCCCAAGGCAGCAUCAGCAGCCAAUGUGACACCAGUGGCCAGUGCCAGUGCAAGGCCCAGGUGGAAGGCCCCACCUGCAGCCACUGCCGGCCCCACCACUUCUACCUGAGCACCAGCAACCCCGAGGGCUGCCUGCCCUGCUUCUGUAUGGGUGUCACCCAGCAGUGCACCAGCUCGUCCUACACUCGCCACCUGAUCCUUACCCGCUUCGCCCCCGGGGACUUCCAAGGCUUUGCCCUGGUAAACCCACAGCGCAACAGCCGCCUGGCGGGAGACUUCACCGUGGAGCCCGUUCCCGAUGGCACCCAGCUGUCUUUUGGCAACUUCGCCCACCUCGGCCAUGAAUCCUUCUACUGGCAGCUGCCAGAGACGUACCAAGGAGACAAGGUGGCAGCAUAUGGCGGGAAGCUGAGGUACACCCUCUCCUACACUGCAGGGCCGCAGGGCAGCCCGCUGUCUGACCCCGAUGUCCAGAUCAUGGGCAACAACAUCAUGCUCGUGGCCUCGCAGCCGGCACCACAGGGCCCUGAGAGGAAGAGUUACGAGAUCGUCUUCCGAGAGGAGUUCUGGCGCCGGCCAGAUGGGCAGCCGGCCACCCGCGAGCACCUGCUGAUGGCACUGGCCGACCUGGACGAGCUCCUGAUCCGGGCCACGUUCUCCUCAGUGCCGCUGGCAGCCAGCAUCAGCGCCGUGAGCCUGGAGGUGGCCCGGCCGGGGCCAUCAGAUGGACCCCGGGCCCUGGAGGUAGAGGAGUGUCGCUGCCCUCCCGGCUACAUGGGCUUGUCCUGCCAGGACUGUGCCUCAGGCUACACGCGCACCGGGAGUGGGCUCUACCUCGGCCACUGCGAGCUGUGUGAGUGCAACGGCCACUCGGACCACUGCCACCCGGAGACGGGGGCCUGCUCGCAAUGCCAGCACAACACUGCCGGGGAAUUCUGCGAGCUAUGUGCUCCUAGCUAUUACGGAGAUGCCACGGCCGGGACGCCUGAGGACUGCCAGCCCUGUGCCUGCCCGCUGACCAACCCGGAGAACAUGUUCUCCCGCACCUGUGAGAGCCUAGGGGCCGGCGGAUACCGCUGCACAGCCUGUGAGCCUGGCUACACCGGCCAGUACUGUGAGCAGUGUGCCCCCGGUUAUGUGGGUAACCCCAAUGUGCCAGGGGGCCGGUGCCUGCCGCAGACAGACCAAGCCCCGCUGGAGGUCCAGGUCCAUCCGGCUCGGAGCGUAGUCCCCCAGGGGGGGCCCCACUCCCUACGGUGCCAGGUCAGUGGGAGCCCACCCCACUACUUCUACUGGUCCCGUGAGGAUGGGCAGCCUGUGCCCAGCAGCACCCAGCAGCGACAUCAAGGCGCCGAGCUCCACUUCCCCAGCGUGCAACCCUCUGAUGCCGGGGUCUACAUCUGCACCUGCCGGAACCUCCACCACGUCAACGCCAGCCGGGCAGAGCUGCUGGUCACUGAGGCACCAGGCAAGCCCAUCACAGUGACAGUGGAGGAGCAGCGGAGCCAGAGCGUGCGCCCUGGAGCUGAUGUCACUUUCAUCUGCACUGCCAAGAGCAAGUCUCCUGCCUACACCCUGGUCUGGACCCGCCUGCACAACGGGAAGCUGCCCUCCCGAGCCAUGGACUUCAACGGCAUCCUGACCAUCCGCAACGUGCAGCCCAGCGACGCAGGCACCUACGUGUGCACCGGCUCCAACAUGUUCGCCAUGGACCAGGGCACGGCCACGCUGCAUGUGCAAGCCACAGGCACCUUGUCUGCUCCUGUGGUCUCCAUCCACCCACCGCAGCUCACCGUGCAGCCCGGGCAGGUGGCGGAGUUCCGGUGCAAUGCCAGGGGAAACCCCACGCCCACCCUUGAGUGGAUAGGGGGUCCUGGGGGCCAGCUCCCUCUGAAGGCACAGAUCCACGGAGGCGUCCUGCGCCUGCCAGCCGCCGAGCCCUCAGAUCAGGGCCAGUACCUGUGCCAUGCCCUCAACAGUGUCGGGCAGCACGUGGGCAGGGCUGUUCUCCAGGUGCACGGGGGCAACGGGCCCAGGGUUCAGGUGAGCCCAGAGCGCAUCCAGGUGCACGAAGGCCAAACCGUCAGGCUGUACUGCAGGGCCACGGGGGUGCCCACCGCCACCAUCACCUGGAGGAAGGAGGGCGGCAGCCUGCCCCCACAGGCCCGGUCUGAGCGCACAGACAUCUCCACACUGGUCAUCCCGGCCACCACGUCUGCCGACACCGGCUACUACCUCUGCGUGGCCACCAGCCCCACAGGCACAGCCCAGGCCCGCAUCCAAGUGACCAUCUUGUCAGCCUCAGGCGCCAGCGCGCUGCCGGUCAGGAUUGAGUCUUCAUCACCAUCUGUGACCGAAGGGCAGACGCUCGACCUCAGCUGCGUGGUGGCAGGCUUGGCCCACACCCAGAUCACGUGGUACAAGCGAGGGGGCAGCCUGCCUCCCCACGCCCAGGUCCACGGUUCCCGGCUGCGGCUCCCACAGGUCUCUCCAGCCGACUCCGGAGAGUAUGUGUGCCGCGUGGAGAGCGAGGCGGGGCCCAAGGAGGCGUCCAUCAUGGUCUCCGUGCUCCACAGCGCCCAGCCGGGCCUCACCCACGGCCCCGUGCCCGGCAGCACCCAGCCCAUCCGCAUCGAGUCCUCUUCCUCCCACGUGGCCGAGGGGCAGACCCUGGAUCUGAACUGCGUGGUGCCUGGGCAGGCCCAGGUCACAUGGCACAAGCGCGGGGGCAGCCUCCCCGCCCGGCACCAGACCCACGGCUCGCUUUUGCGGCUGCACCAAGUAUCCCCUGCCGACUCAGGCGAGUACGUGUGCCACGUGGUCCUUGGCUCCGAGCACCUGGAGACCUCCGUGCUGGUCUCCAUCGAGCCCUCUGGCUCUAUCCCUGCCCCAGCACCCAUCCCACCUGUCAGGAUCGAGUCCUCAUCCCCCACGGUGGCCGAGGGGCAGACCCUGGAUCUCAGCUGCGUGGUGGCAGGGCAGGCCCAUGCCCAGGUCACGUGGUACAAGCGUGGGGGCAGCCUGCCCGCUCGGCAUCAGGUCCGCGGCUCCCGCCUGUACAUCUUCCAGGUCUCCCCAGUGGACGCCGGAGAGUAUGUCUGCCGGGCCAGUGAUGGUGUGGAGGCCUCCAUCACAGUCACAGUGACCAGGGCCCAGGGGGCCAGCUUUGCCUACCCUCCAGGCAGCACCCAGCCCAUCCGCAUCGAGUCCUCCUCCUCCCAUGUGGCCGAAGGGCAGACCCUGGACCUAAACUGCGUGGUGCCUGGACAGGCACAUGCCCAGGUCACGUGGCACAAGCGCGGGGGCAGCCUGCCCGCCCGGCACCAGACCCAUGGCUCACUGCUGAGGCUGCACCAGGUGUCUCCUGCCGACUCGGGCGAGUACGUGUGCCGGGUGGUAGGUGGCCCCGUGCCGCUGGAGACCUCCGUCUUGGUUUCCAUUGAGCCUGCUGACUCUGUGCCUGCCCUUGGGGUCACCCCCCCAGUCCGGAUCGAGUCGUCUUCUUCCCACCUGGCCGAAGGGCAGACCUUGGACCUGAACUGCAUGGUGCAAGGGCAGGCCCAUGCCCAGGUCACCUGGCACAAGCGCGGAGGCAGCCUGCCCGCCCGGCAUCAGGUACACGGCUCCAGGCUGCGGCUGCCCCAGGUGACCCCCGCCGACUCCGGCGAGUACGUGUGCCGCGUGGCCAGUGGCUCAGGUACCCAAGAGGCCUCCGUCCUUGUCAACAUCCAGCAGCGCCUCAGCCCCCCGCAGUCCCAGGGUGUGGUAUACCCCAUCCGCAUCGAGUCCUCCUCCGCCUCCCUGGCCAAUGGGCACACCCUGGACCUCAACUGCCUGGUGGCCAGCCACGCCCCCCACACCAUCACCUGGUACAAGCGUGGAGGCAGCUUACCCAGUCGGCACCAGAUCGUGGGCUCCCGGCUGCGGAUCCCCCAGGUGACCCCGGCAGACUCCGGCGAGUAUGUGUGUCACGUCAGCAACGGCGCUGGUUCGCAGGAAACCUCACUCAUCGUCACCAUCCAGGGCAGCAGCUCCUCCCACGUGCCUAGCGUCUCCCCACCAAUCAGGAUCGAGUCCUCGUCCCCCACGGUGGUGGAAGGGCAGACGCUGGAUCUGAACUGCGUGCUUGCUGGGCAGACCCAGGCUACCAUCAUGUGGUACAAGCGCGGGGGCAGCCUGCCCGCCAGACACCAGACCCACGGCUCCCGCCUGCGGCUGCACCAGCUAUCCGUGGCAGACUCUGGCGAGUACGUGUGUCGGGCCAACAACAACAUCGACGCCCAGGAGGCCUCCAUCAUGGUCUCCGUCUCUCCCAGCACCGGCAGCCCCUCUGCCCCCAGCGGUGCUGGGCCCAUCAGAAUUGAAUCAUCAUCUUCACACGUAGCUGAAGGGCAGACCCUGGAUCUGAACUGUGUGGUGCCUGGGCAGGCGCACGCCCAGGUCACGUGGCACAAGCGUGGGGGCAGCCUGCCCGCCCAGCAUCAGGCCCAUGGCUCCAGGCUGCGGCUGUACCACCUGUCCCCAGCUGACUCGGGCGAGUACGUGUGCCGCGUGCUGGGUAGCUCUGGUCAGCAGGAGGCCUCGGUCCUGGUCACCAUCGAGGCCUCUGGCUCUAGCACUGUCCAUGUCCCUGGUGCCGGCGGAGCCCCACCCAUCCGCAUAGAGACGUCCUCCUCUCGAGUGGCCGAAGGGCAGACCCUGGACCUGAACUGCGUGGUGCCUGGGGAGGCGCACGCCCAGGUCACGUGGCACAAGCGCGGGGGCAGCCUGCCCGCCCGGCACCAGGUCCACGGCUCCCUGCUGAGGCUGAACCACGUGUCCCCAGCCGACUCUGGCGAGUAUUCAUGCCAAGUGAUCAGCAGCUCGGGCACCCUGGAGGCGUCUGUCCUGGUCACAAUUGAGGCCUCCAGCCCAAGCCCCAUUCCUGCCCCAGGACUGGCCCAGCCCAUCUACAUCGAGGCCCCUUCCUCCCACGUGGCCGAAGGGCAGACCCUGGACCUGAACUGCGUGGUGCCUGGGCAGGCACAUGCCCAGGUCACAUGGCACAAGCGUGGGGGCAGCCUGCCUGCUCGACACCAGACCCAUGGCUCCCGACUGCGGCUCUACCAUGUGUCCCCUGCCGACUCUGGAGAGUACCUGUGCCGCGUGGCUGGUGGCUCAGGCUCAGAGCAGGAGGCCUCCUUCAUGGUCACGGUCACUCCUGGCUCUGGCUCUUCCUACCGCCUGCGCAGCCCCGUCAUCUCCAUCGACCCGCCCAGUAGCACAGUGCGGCAGGGCCAGGACGCCAGCUUCAAGUGCCUCAUCCACGAGGGGGCCCUGCCCAUCAGCCUGGAGUGGAAGACCCGCCACCAGGAACUGGAGGACAACAUCCACAUCAGCCCCAACGGCUCCAUCAUCACCAUCGUGGGCACCCGGCCAAGCAACCACGGAGCCUACCGCUGUGUGGCCUCCAAUGCCUACGGUGUGGCCCAGAGUGUCGUGACCCUCAGCGUGCACGGGCCUCCUACGGUGUCCGUGCUCCCCGAGGGACCCGUGCACGUGAAAGCAGGAAAGGACAUCGCCCUGGAGUGUGUCAGUCCUGGGGAGCCCCGGUCCUCUGUCCGCUGGACCCGGAUGGGCACCCCUGCCAGGUUGGAGCCUCGGACCUAUGGGCACGUGAACAGCCACGCGGUGCUGAAGAUUUCAUCAGCUAAACCAUCCGACGGAGGCACCUAUGUGUGCCUAGCCCAGAACGCCCUGGGAACAGCACAGAAGCGGGUGGAGGUGACCGUGGACACUGGCACUGUGGUCCCAGGUGCCCCUCAGGUCCAAGUCGAAGAAGCCGAGCUGACCGUGGAGGCUGGACACACGGCCACGCUGCGCUGCUCAGCCACAGGCAGCCCCCCACCCACCAUCCACUGGUCCAAGCUGCGUUCCCCCCUGCCCUGGCAGCACCGGCAGGAAGGUGAUACACUGAUCAUCCCCAGAGUAGCCCAGCAGGACUCGGGCCAGUACAUCUGUAACGCCACCAGCCCCACCGGGCAUGCUGAGGCCACCAUCGUCCUGCAUGUGGAGAGCCCGCCGUAUGCCACCGUAGUUCCAGAGCACGCGUCGGUGCGAGCCGGGGAACCGGUUCAGCUGCAGUGCUUAGCUCAUGGUACACAUCCGCUCACCUUCCAGUGGAGCCGGGUGGGCGGCAGCCUCCCCUCGAGGGCGACCACCAGGAACCAGCUGCUGCACCUGGAGCCCACCGGCCCUGAGGACUCUGGUCGCUACCGCUGCCAGGUCACCAACAAGGUGGGCUCGGCUGAGGCCUUCGCCCAGGUGCUUGUCCAAGGCCCCUCUGGCUCUCCCCCUGAUAUCCAUGGCCCAGCAGAACCCACGGCCACCGUGCAGGUCACGCCGCAGCUGGAGACCAAGAGCAUCGGGGCCAGCGCCGAGUUCCACUGUGCUGUGCCAAGUGACCGAGGCACUCAGCUCCGUUGGUUCAAGGAAGGGGGUCAGCUGCCUGCUGGCCACAGCGUGCAAGACGGGGUGCUCCGACUCCAGAAUUUAGACCACAGCUGCCAGGGGACAUACGUUUGCCAGGCACAUGGACCUUGGGGACAGGCCCAAGCCAGUGCCCGGCUGAUUGUCCAAGCGCUCCCCUCCGUGCUCAUCAACAUCCGCACCUCCGUGCAGACCGUGGUGGUCGGCCAUUCUGUCGAGUUCGAGUGCCUGGCGCUGGGUGACCCCAAGCCUCAGGUGACGUGGAGCAAAGUUGGAGGGCGCCUGCGGCCUGGCAUCGUGCAGAGCGGAAGUGUGAUCAGGAUCGCCCGCGUGGAGCUGGCCGAUGCAGGGCAGUACCGCUGCACGGCCACCAAUGCCGCCGGCACCACCCAGUCCCACGUGCUGCUGCUCGUGCAAGCCUUGCCCCAGAUCUCAACCCCCGCAGAGGUCCGGGUGCCCGCCGGCUCUGCAGCUGUCUUCCCCUGCAUGGUCUCAGGCUACCCGACUCCUGACAUCACCUGGAACAAGCUGGAUGGCAACCUGCCCCCCGAAAGCCGCCUGGAGAACAACAUGCUGAUGCUGCCCUCGGUCCAGCCACAGGAUGCAGGCACCUAUGUCUGCACUGCCACCAACCGGCAGGGCAAGGUCAAGGCCUUUGUCCAUCUGCAGGUGCCAGAGCGAGUGGUGCCCUACUUCACCCAGACCCCACAUUCCUUCCUGCCGCUGCCAACCAUCAAGGAUGCCUAUAGGAAGUUUGAGAUCAAGAUCACCUUCCGGCCAGACUCAGCUGAUGGCCUCCUUCUCUACUCGGGGAUGCUGCUGUACAAUGGGCAGAAGCGGGGCCCGGGGAGCCCCCCCAACCUGGCCAGCAGGCAGCCGGACUUCAUCUCCUUUGGCCUCGUGGGCGGCAGACCCGAGUUCCGGUUCGAUGCGGGCUCUGGCAUGGCCACCAUCCGCCACCCCACCCCACUGGCCCUGGGCCAGUUCCACACGGUAACCCUGCUGCGCAGCCUCACCCAGGGCUCCCUCAUCGUGGGCAGCCUGGCCCCAGUGAAUGGGACCUCCCAGGGCAAGUUCCAGGGCCUGGACCUGAAUGAGGAGCUAUACCUGGGUGGCUACCCCGACUACGGUGCCAUCCCCAAGGCAGGGCUGAGCAGUGGCUUCGUGGGCUGUGUCCGGGAGCUGCGCAUCCAGGGCGAGGAGAUCGUCUUCCAUGACCUCAACCUCACGGCGCACGGCAUCUCCCACUGCCCCACCUGCCAGGACCGCCCAUGCCAGAAUGGAGGCCAGUGCCACGACUCGGAGAGCAGCAGCUAUGUGUGCAUCUGCCCGUCCGGCUUCACCGGGAGCCGCUGUGAGCACUCGCAGGCCCUGCACUGCCACCCAGAGGCCUGCGGGCCCGACGCCACCUGUGUGAACCGGCCCGAUGGUCGAGGCUACACCUGCCGCUGCCACCUGGGCCGCUCAGGGGAGAGGUGUGAGGAAGGUGUGACAGUGACCACCCCAUCCAUGUCGGGCACUGGUUCUUACCUGGCGCUCCCUGCCCUCACCAACACACACCACGAGCUACGGCUGGAUGUUGAGUUCAAGCCCCUGGAGCCUGAUGGGAUCCUGCUGUUCAGCGGGGGGAGGAUCGGGCCUGUGGAGGACUUCGUGUCCCUGGCGAUGGUUGGUGGCCACCUGGAGUUCCGCUACGAGCUGGGGUCAGGGCUGGCUGUCCUGCGGAGCCCCGAGCCUCUGGCCCUGGGCCGCUGGCACCGCAUAUCUGCAGAGCGUCAGAACAAGGACGGCAGCCUGCGGGUGAACGGGGGGCGCCCAGUGCUGCGCUCCUCACCGGGCAAGAGCCAGGGCCUCAACCUGCACACCCUCCUCUACCUGGGUGGCGUGGAGCCUUCUGUGCCACUGUCCCCCGCCGCCAACGUGAGCGCUCACUUCCGUGGCUGUGUGGGCGAGGUGUCUGUGAAUGGCAAGCGCCUGGACCUCACCUACAGCUUCUUGGGCAGCCAGGGCAUCGGGCAGUGCUACGACAGCUCCCCCUGCGAGCGCCAGCCAUGCCGCAAUGGCGCCACGUGCAUGCCUGCUGGCGAGUAUGAGUUCCAGUGCUUGUGUCGAGAUGGUUUCAAAGGAGACCUCUGUGAGCAUGAGGAGAACCCCUGCCGGCUCCGUGAGCCCUGCCUGCAUGGGGGCACCUGCCAGGGCACCCACUGCCUCUGCCCCCCUGGCUUCUCUGGCUCACGCUGCCAACAAGGUGCUGGACACGGCACAGCGGAGUCUGAUUGGCAUCUCGAGGGCAGUGGGGGCAACGAUGCUCCCGGGCAGUACGGAGCCUAUUUCCAUGACGAUGGUUUCCUAGCCCUCCCCGGCCACGUCUUCUCCAGGAGCCUGCCCGAAGUGCCUGAGACUGUCGAGAUGGAAGUUCGCACCAGCACGGCCAACGGCCUGCUACUCUGGCAGGGCGCGGAGGUGGGAAAGGCCAGCCGAGGAAAGGACUUCAUCGGCCUUGGACUGCAGGACGGCCACCUCGUCUUCAGCUACCAGCUGGGCAGCGGGGAGGCCCGCCUAGUCUCUGAGGACCCUGUCAACGACGGCGAGUGGCACCGGGUGACAGUGCUGCGAGAGGGCCGGAGAGGCUCCAUCCGGGUCGACGGCGAGGAGCUGGUGAGCGGCCAGUCCCCAGGCCCCAACGUAGCGGUCAACACCAAGGGCAACGUGUACAUCGGCGGAGCCCCGGACGUGGCCACACUGACUGGAGGCAGGUUCUCCUCGGGCAUCACCGGCUGUAUCAAGAACCUGGUGCUGCACUCAGCUGGGCCUGGCGCCCCCCCACCCCAGCCCCUGGACCUGCAGCACCGCGCCCAGGCUGGGGCCAACACACGCCCCUGCCCCUCAUAGGCACCUGCCUGCUCCCAAUGGACUCCGGGCCGCGCCCAGCCUGACAGUGUCGAGUAUAUUAUUAUUAAUAUUUUAUUAUUAUUAUGAGUUUUUUGUAAGAAACUGAGGCAAUGCCACGCUUUGCUGCUACUGCCCUGGGCUGGACUGGAGGGUGGGCGUGCCAGCCUCUCACGUGUGUGGCGAGGCCCUGAGGCCAGUGGGCAAGGCGGGUGGGAGGGUCUGUUGCCUCACUCAGAAAGCCACCAAGACUUGAGGUCGGGGACAGUGGCUGGUGCGCCCAGAUGUAUCCCAACUCCUCCUGCCCUGAUGGAGCCCCCGAAAGUAGAACUGGGUUGCCCACUGGGGAAGCCCUUGGGUAGCCCUGCUUCCUGAGGACCAGCUGAGCUCACCACCUGGUGCCCCCCAGCUGACUGCCUAAGGGGCGUCACAGGGCCUUGCCACCUACCAGUCGGCUGGAAAAGUCUUUAGCGCCCCUUGUAGAGCAGAAGGCAGCUCACCCUUUCCCUGCCAGCCCCUCCCAGCCGCCACCUCCACCCAGCGCAGGCCACCACCCCUGGCAGAGCCCCCCCUUCCCACCACCCUCCCACCGCCCAGGGUCCCGCCCCCACUCCUCCCUGGAGCACCCACACCGAGGGCUCAGCCCACACCUGGCCACACCCCUCACUCUUCUGGAGGUGAAGGCCCAGGGACGUGGAGGAGCUGGUGGUCAGGAAGAGCCAGUGCCUUCGGGUGGGGACGCCUGAGACCCCGACUGGGAGGAAGUGGGGGGUGACAGCCCGAGGACCCAGUGGUCGGCCGUCCCCAUACUCUGGCACUGGGAUGCCUGGCCUCGGGCCCCAGCAGGGACCCUCCUGUGGUCUUUGUCUUGAUUCUUCCUAAUAAACGGUGCUAUCCCCGC